AUAUAAUAAAGGAGCAAAAUCGAGAGUUAAGAGGUACACAGAGGGCUAUAACCAGAGAUAGAGCAGCACUUGAAAAACAGGAAAAACAACUGGAACUGGAAAUAAAGAAAAUGGCUAAGACUGGUAACAAAGAAGCCUGUAAAGUGCUAGCAAAACAGCUUGUCCAACUGCGGAAGCAGAAGAAUCGAACAUACGCUGUUAGCUCUAAAGUCACUUCUAUGUCAACUCAAACAAAGGUCAUGAACUCUCAGAUGAAGAUGGCAGGAGCGAUGUCAACUACAGCAAAAACAAUGCAAGCAGUUAAUAAGAAAAUGGAUCCACAAAAGACACUCCAAACUAUGCAGAAUUUCCAGAAGGAAAACAUGAAGAUGGAAAUGACUGAAGAAAUGAUUAAUGAUACACUGGAUGAUAUUUUUGAUGCUUCUGAUGAAGAGGAAGAAAGCCAAGAUAUUGUUAACCAAGUGCUUGAUGAGAUAGGAAUUGAAAUCUCUGGAAAGAUGGCCAAAGCUCCAUCAGCUGCCAGAGGCUUACCAUCUGCAUCAACAUCAAAAGCUGCUACUAUAUCAGAUGAAGAGAUUGAACGUCAGCUCAAAGCUUUGGGAGUUGAUUAGCUUGAUGGCAAUAUACAGUCUGCCUUCUAAUUAUUCAGCUCUGCAGACAGAUGUAAAAAGUGCAAAUACUCUUUCAAUGCAACUGAUGUCUGGGAAAACUCUGAAGCUUCAGAAGUGACAACUUGAAGUUGGUACGGGAGGAAGGAGAGGGGAGAAUAUUUUGAAUCAAUUUACAAGGAGAAGUACACUUGUUGCGUCCAUUGCAUAGAGUCUUUUUGAGCACUGGACCAACUAGGGAUGUAGUUCUAAUGAUAAAUUCAUUUAUACCUGAUCUAAAUCUGUCCUCUGAAUUCAAAGUUUUCUUCUAUCUCAGUUCCUGAGCU